AGUAGUUUCCGCGGCGCUGACGCAUGCUUGCGCACACAACCCAGCCUGGCGCGUCGUACGCAGCCGCCGCGAGCCGGGCAGCGGGUGCUAGGCGGUUCCCCCGCGGGGGGCAGGGGCGGGACUCCGGGCAGAGGAGGUGCGGCCCCGUCUGGGUCAGGUUGGGGGCUCCGAUCGGGUUACUGGUGUUAGGGGGUUCGGGUAGGGCUCCCCCCGCCUGCGGUGAGAUAGCCCUGGGCAUCGGCCUGCGGGACCAGAUAAAGGCUGCGAAGAAGCCUAGUCACCGGCCGCAGGCGUGGCUCCCCGGCCGGAUUCCACCUCGCAGUGUCUUCUGCCUGCCGGGGGUUGCGGCCGCAGGGAGCUGGGGUGCCUCGGUCGGCCUGACCCCUUCUCUCCCGCAGCCUGGAGGAGGGCCGCCUGACGGCUGAGUUGCCAUGGCAUCCUACUACGAGAUUCUAGACGUACCGCGGAGUGCGUCCCCUGAUGACAUCAAGAAGGCGUACCGAAAGAAGGCUCUGCAGUGGCACCCAGACAAGAACCCGGAUAAUAAAGAGUUUGCUGAGAAAAAAUUUAAGGAGGUGGCAGAGGCCUAUGAAGUACUGUCUGACAAGCACAAACGGGAGAUCUAUGACCGCUAUGGCCGGGAAGGGCUGACGGGGGCAGGAAGUGGUCCUUCUCGAUCGGAAACUGGUGGUAUGGAGCCUGGCUUCACAUUCACCUUCCGUAGCCCUGAGGAAGUCUUCCGGGAGUUCUUCGGGAGUGGAGACCCCUUUUCGGAGCUCUUUGAUGACUUGGGUGCCUUCUCGGAGCUUCAGAACCAGGGUUCCCGACUCACCGGCCCUUUCUUUACUUUCUCUUCCUCCUUUCCUGGCAACUCUGAUUUCUCCUCCUCGUCUUUCUCCUUCAGCCCGGGGGCUGGUGCUUUCCGCUCUGUUUCUACGUCCACAACCUUUGUCCAAGGCCGCCGCAUCACCACACGCAGAAUCAUGGAGAACGGGCAGGAGCGGGUAGAAGUGGAAGAGGAUGGACAGCUGAAGUCAGUGUCAAUCAAUGGUGUCCCAGAUGACCUGGCACUAGGCUUGGAGCUGAGCCGUCGUGAGCAGCAGCCUUCAGUCACCCCUGGGUUGGGGGUCAUGCAGGUCCGGCCGACCUCUGUCUCUCGUCCCCCUGACAGCGACCUUUCUGAGGAUGAGGACAUGCAGCUUGCCAUGGCGUACAGCCUGUCAGAGAUGGAGGCAUCUGGGCAGAAGCCAGCAGGUGGGCGGGGGGCACCGCAACGACAGCAUGGGCAGCCCAAGGCCCAGCACCAAGACCCUGAUGUGGGGGGCCUGCAUAAGGGGGCAAGGGGCGAGGCAGCCAAAGUCAGCCCAUCCUCAGAGGAGAAGGCCUCUCGCUGCCUCAUUCUCUGAGAACCAGGCCGAUGCUGGACUGACGCAGGUCCCAACUCAGAGUCCAGGUCACUGUCUGGAGUGCAGAAUAGUGUGGCCUGACUUGCAGGAUUCCAAACUGUCCCUCCACAAGUUUCCCUCCCGUGUCCACCUGUAUUGUGGACAGAUUUGUUGUACUCUGUCCAGGGCUGACAGGUCCCUGGGUAAAGCCCAGAUUGGGGGGUGGGGGGACCAGUGCCUGUGGAGCUCAGAGGCACUGGUUGGAUCAGACACUGCUAAAGGACAUUAGUGGGUUUGGGGUGCCCAAGUCUUUUCCUGCCGUUUAUGUUGCUGAUGCUGUCGAGGAAGGAGGACUUGGCCUGGCAUGCUCUGAGCUUGAGCUUCCCCCAGGGAAUAGCACAGGCCGAGGAGCCUCUGCUGUCCUUGGCCAGAUGCAGCCCUCCCGGUUUCUGUGUAGAACUGAGCUCUCACCCACUGUCUCGUUUCCCCUCUGGUGCUGCCUUCCUCCCACUCCACUCCACUCCGCAACGCCCACCCUUCGGCUGCAACGCUUGCUUUCAUUGCUGCUUGGCUAGGUCUCCCUUCUCCUUCUCUUAGAAGCCCAGGAAGAUGCUGGGGCCAGUGGGUCCAUAAGAUCUUCUGGGGAGGCUAGCUAGGUAGGGUGGAAGCCUCUCAGCCCUCCAGAGUCUCAACCAGAGUCAACUCCUCUUCCCUUCUUCUUGCUGCCUCAGCCUGCCCUGGCCAUAGGACUAGGCAGAGGUGAGGCUGGCUGUCCCUGGAGAGGUGGGAUAGGGCCAGGGUGACCCAGAGGGAGGCCUAGGUGGGGACUGUAUUUGUACUGCCCACUCAUCACACAUCAGAGCUGAGGGGCUGGCCUAGGAGUGCAUGCUCAGCUCCAUCCUCUUCUGCUUGCAGCUGACCCUCUCUCCUGUCACCCACCCCUGCUCUCUCCCCAGAUGUGUUCUGAGCUGGAUAUCCUGGAUACAGAGUUGCUGCAGUUCCAACAGGACAGCGCCCUCCCCAAUGUGCUAGGAGGGAUCACUACAUUCCUCUCCCUCAUUUAUGCUGAGUGUAGAGCUGGGGACUGGGGUGGCGGGUGGGGACUGAGUGGGAGGCAUCUGUAGUCUUGGCCUCUUAACUCUCUUCCCUGGGUGCUUAGUGCUGUGUUUGGUGGACUACAAGUCCCAGAGUGCAAUGCACCUUGGCCUCGGUUCUUAUAGCUUUUAUCCCAGGGGAAGAGCUGCUCAGUUACAAAGAUGAGCUUCUUGGGAUUUGUAGUUCCAACCCUGGCUAGUCUGAAUUGGAAGAUCUUGUCUUCCAUUUUGUCCCUGGCAGGGGUGGUGAGAAUUGUAGAUGACCAGAACCUUAGUCCCUUCUUGCUAGACCCAGGUUGGAGCAAGCAGAUUCAUGUAGCAUCUGAGAGAGGUUGUUUUCCCUUGCUAAUGGGGCAGUGGACUGAGUAGAUAGGGCGUGGUCCUGGACGGCUGUGGGCUGGCAGAAUGUGGGAGAGAAGGCUGCCUUGGCUGGAGUGUGUAUGGCAAGGAUCGGCAUGCAGAGGGAGUGUCGGACAUAUUGCUUGAAUGGCUUUCUUUGACCUCUGACCUUGCUGCCCACUCUUUCUUAUCAUCAAUUCAUCCUCCAUGAGCCACCUGUCCUCCUGCCUGGGGAGCCCAAGGCCAGCAAGGGGAUUGGUGGAGCAGGCUGUGACCGGCCUCUGUAACACUGGGCCUCUGAGACCCAUCAAAGCCAGAUGAGCUGAGCUCAGACUGUGGGAAAAUGGAGGCAAAUAAAGCUGAGUUUUGAGA